GAGGAGAACAGCAUAAGACCCACAGACGGUCUAAUAAUGUGCAGUCUGCUGAUACUGGAUGACUGGAAACAGCAGAGAUGAAGGAGCUAUGGAUUAUGGUUGUCUUUGCUACAGUCUCUUUUCAACAGGGGGAUCUCACCACAUCCUCUGCCAUUCCAACCACCAUUGAAAUAACUAUCCCAACUACUGAUGACCCUAUAACCCCUGACCGUUCAGCUACUGACACUCCAACUACUGAGUCUACAAGUACUGAUUCCCCUUUAACCCCUGACCCUACAACUACUGAUUCCCCUAUAAACCCUAACCCUACUACUACCGAUUCCCCUAUAACCUCUGACACUAUAUCUACCGAUUACACUCUAACUCCUGAAUAUGCAACUACUGAUUCCUCUAUAACCCCUGCAUCUGCAACUACUGAUUCCACUAUAACCCCUGACCCUACUACUACCGAUUCCCCUAUAACCUCUGACACUAUAUCUACCGAUUACACUCUAACUCCUGAAUAUGCAACUACUGAUUCCCCUAUAACCCCUAACCCUACUACUACCGAUUCCCCUAUAACCUCUGACACUAUAUCUACCGAUUACACUCUAACUCCUGAAUAUGCAACUACUGAUUCCACUAUAACCCCUGCAUCUGCAACUACUGAUUCCACUAUAACCCCUGACCCUACAUCUACUGAUUCCCCUAUAAUCCCGGAACCUACACUUACUGAUUCUCCUAUAACCCCUGACCCUACAACUACUGAUUCCCCUAUAACCCCUAACCCUACAUCUACCGAUUCCCCUAUAACCUCUGACCCUACAUCUACCGAUUACACUAUAACCCCUGACCCUAGAACUACUGAUUCCCUUAUAACCCCUGACCCUACAACUGCUGUUUCCCCUAUAACCCCUAACCCUACUACUACCGAUUCCCCUAUAACCUCUGACACUAUAUCUACCGAUUACACUCUAACUCCUGAAUAUGCAACUACUGAUUCCUCUAUAACCCAUACAUCUGCAACUGCUGAUUCCACUAUAACCCCUGACCCUACAUCUACUGAUUCCACUAUAAUCCCGGAACCUACACUUACUGAUGCCCCUAUAACCCCUGCAUCUGCAACUACUGAUUCCACUAUAAGCCCUGACCCUAGAACUACUGAUUCCCUUAUAACCCCUGACCCUAAAUCUACUGAUUCCCCUAUAACCCCUAACCCUACAUCUACCGAUUCCCCUAUAACCUCUGACCCUACAUCUACCGAUUACACUAUAACCCCUGACCCUAGACCUACUGAUUCCCUUAUAACCCCUGACCCUAGAACUACUGAUUCCCCUAUAACACCUGACCCUACAUCUACGGAUUCUCCUAUAACCCCUGACCCUACAUCUACUGAUUUUCCUAUAACCCCUGACACUACACCUACUGAUUCCAACAUAACCCCUGACCCUACACCCACUGAUUCUCCUAUAACCCCUGACCCUACAACUACUGAUUCCCCUAUAACCCCUAACCCUACAUCUACCGAUUCCCCUAUAACCUCUGACCCUACAUCUACCGAUUACACUAUAACCCCUGACCCUAGAACUACUGAUUCCCUUAUAACCCCUGACCCUACAACUGCUGUUUCCCCUAUAACCCCUAACCCUACUACUACCGAUUCCCCUAUAACCUCUGACACUAUAUCUACCGAUUACACUCUAACUCCUGAAUAUGCAACUACUGAUUCCUCUAUAACCCAUGCAUCUGCAACUGCUGAUUCCACUAUAACCCCUGACCCUACAUCUACUGAUUCCACUAUAAUCCCGGAACCUACACUUACUGAUGCCCCUAUAACCCCUGCAUCUGCAACUACUGAUUCCACUAUAAGCCCUGACCCUAGAACUACUGAUUCCCGUAUAACCCCUGACCCUAAAUCUACUGAUUCCCCUAUAACCCCUAACCCUACAUCUACCGAUUCCCCUAUAACCUCUGACCCUACAUCUACCGAUUACACUAUAACCCCUGACCCUAGACCUACUGAUUCCCUUAUAACCCCUGACCCUAGAACUACUGAUUCCCCUAUAACACCUGACCCUACAUCUACGGAUUCUCCUAUAACCCCUGACCCUACAUCUACUGAUUUUCCUAUAACCCCUGACACUACACCUACUGAUUCCAACAUAACCCCUGACCCUACACCUACUGAUUCUGCUAUAACCCCUGACCUUACACCUAUUGACACUCCAACUGCCGAAUACCUAAAUACUACUGGUCUUCCAACUACUGGUUACCCUACCUCUAUCCCUAUCACCAGUACCAGUCUCCCAAACACCUCUACCACCACCACCACCUCUCCUACCACCUCUACUCCCACCACCACCACCACCACCACCACCACCACCACCUCUAUCACCACAACCCCUCCUCUGGUCUGUAUCAACAGUGGUGAGCUGCAGAAUGGAGUCUGUAUCUGUCCUGAUGAGUGGACCGGAGACACCUGUUCAGAGGGGAAUUUCUGCAAUUCCACCAUCAUUGGUCAUUUCUCCUACCCAAGAACAACGGUUGGCUGGUCUGCUUAUUCAAAAGAGUUGUGUGAUGAGAAGACAACCAGUGCUGGUUUAUCAAGAGCCUCAGCAAGAUGUUUGAAUGACACUGGCUCUCCGAUGUUUGGUCCUCCUCAUGAACUGCAGUGUGAAUUUACCCUCGGUGACAUUCAAGGAAAUAUCUCCAGCAGUUCAGGUGAUUUACUACAGUUAGCCUUCAGUACUCAGAUCCUGACCUCCCAACCAGAGCAGCUGUCAGCUGACAACAUCACCACAGCAGCUCAGAUAGCUAACACACUGCUUCAGUCUGCAAAUAUCACAGAGGACAUCGCAGUGGCAGCUGUAACCACCAUCAGUCAGCUGCUCAAUGCCAGUGAGGAGAGUACACAGGAGAGAGACGCUGUCCAAAACCUCACAGAGACCCUGGAGAAGUUUUCCCUGGACCAGUACAAUAAUGUGUCCUUGGUGGUUCAGCCCAACCUGGCAGUCCAGUCUGUCCAAGUACCAAGUGACACAGUAGGGAUCCAGUUUACUGCUCUGACUGGAAGAUCUGGUAAUUUUGUGGCCAACAGAAUUCAUCUCAACACCAAUACCUCUGAACUGAUAGCUGACAAAGGAGGUUCUACCGAUGUCCAGAUUGUCAUAAAAUUCCCAUCAGUUUUACGUAGUAAAAACACAAACAACUCCAUUGGUUUUGUGCUCUACCAAAGCGACCGGUUCUUCAAGUCCAGGGCUUUCAGUGCUUCUUCAGGGACCAGCAGAAGGGUCAUCUCUGCUAACCUGGGCCAAGUGUCUGGGUUACAUGUUGAGAUGCUCUUCAAGCCCACAGCUGUUCCCAACACCUCCCUCUAUGACUUUGCCUGCGUGUCAUGGAACUACACGUUGAAAGACUGGAGCACCUUUGGCUGCUACAAAGUCAACCACUCAGCAGACGGCCUGCAAUGUUUCUGUAAUCACACCACUAACUUUGCUGUGCUGAUGACAUUCAGGAGGGAUUAUAAAUACGCUAAUGAGCUAGACUCGAUCACCACAUUGGGAUGCUCCAUGUCCAUCAUAGGGUUGAGUUUAACAAUAACAUUCCAGAUGGUGACCAGGAAAUCACGCAAAACCAACCCAACGGUCCUCUUAGUGAGCGUCUGCAUGUGUCUCCUGAUCUUCACCCUCCUCUUCAUGUUGGGAGUGGGCAACCCUCAUAAACAGCUGGGCAAACCUAAAAUACAGAAGGACAACAUUCUCCCCCCGUCCGAUACACACACAGAGCGGGACAGAGGGCCCUGUACUGCAGUGGCAGUCCUGCUGCAGUACUUCCUGUUGGGGACGUUCACCUGGAACACGCUGUACGCCACACAUGUCUUCCUGAUGAUCAGAAACAGCCUGGCCACCAGCCCAUCACACUUCACAGCCUAUACCGUGGCCAUCGGAUGGGGACUGCCUGCAGUUGUGGUGGCCCUCACCUUGGGAAUUAGUUACAGAGUGGAUGAUCCACUGGGAUACAGGCAGGAGGAAUUUUGCUGGCUUGCUGCCCUUGAUCCAAAGGAGAACUUUGACUUCAAGCUGCCAAUGUUUUGGGGGUUCCUGAUCCCUGUGGCGUUCAUGCUUAUCUUCAACACGGUGGUGUUGGUAUGUUUUACAGUUACAACAUGCAAGACCAACCCACAUUUAACCAGUACAAGACACACAUCGAUGAAGAAGAAGUUCCUCAGUAGCUUUUCUCUGGCUGUGGUGCUCGGUCUCUCCUGGAUCCUGGGCUAUCUGUUGCUCAUUACACAGAACCAGACCAUGUACACCAUACUCAACAUCUCCUUCUGUGUUCUCACCACCACUCAGGGCUUGCAGAUUUUCAUUCUGUUCACAGCAAGAACAGCAAUUGUCAAGAAAAUGAUGGCGGAUGCUUUGAAAUCUGUUUCUAGCGUUGGGAUCCCGCUUCACACCAAGAGGUUCAGUCUAUGGCGAGGCAAGCGCAGAGAAAAGGUUGAAUCAUACACACAGCUGGACACUAUUCUGUCAACACAUUAACACCUUAACUGCCACAGAAAAACUAUUUUCCUGAAAAAAUUGUAUGUAAGGGAUAGUAUGUAAGGGAUAGGCGGGACGCAAAUGUCUCAACUGGCCAAUUGCCAGGGAAAAUGCAGAGCGCCAGAUUCAAAUAAAAUACUAUACAAUUCAAACUUACAUUAAAUCACACAUGUAAGAUACUUAAUUAAAGCUACACUCGUUGUGAAUCCAGCCAACGUGUCAGAUUUUAAAAAUGCUUUUCGGCGAAAGCACAAGAAGCUAUUAUAUGAUAGCCUGCACCAUCUGCACCAGCAGUGAACAAAGGGGUUAGCAUAUUUCAACCCUGCAGGCGCUUCACAAAACGCUGAAAUAAAAUAUAAAACAUGCAUUACCUU